GAAAGUUGUAAUCAAAUCAGUACUCGCUGUUCAAGUGGAUUCAUACUUAAGUGAUUCUUCAGUGUCAAAAAAAAAUCCAAAAAAUUAUUCAAAAUGGUUGUUAACUUCAAAGUAUUCAAGAAGUGUUCACCAAAUGGAAAAGUUACUCUUUACUUAGGAAAACGUGAUUACGUUGAUAAUAUUGCAUCUGUUGAACCAAUCGAAGGAAUUAUUGUGUUGGACGAUGAAUACGUUCGAGAGAAGAGAAAGAUUUUUGGCCAAGUUGUAUGCAGUUUCCGAUAUGGCCGUGAAGAGGAUGAAGUGAUGGGUUUGAAUUUCCAAAAGGAGCUGUUCUUGGUAUCGGAGCAAAUCUAUCCUCAAACUUCCAAGGUCAAUGAGCCAUCGAAAUUACAAGAACGUUUGUUGAAAAAACUCGGACCGAAUGCAUUCCCAUUCAAUUUUAACAUUCAACCAAGCUGUCCAGCCAGUGUGAUUUUACAACAACCUAACGAUGAGUCCGGCGAACCAUGCGGUGUUUCUUACUUUGUGAAAAUUUUCACUGGAGAGAACGAUACCGAUCGUACUCAUCGUCGUAGUACAUUGACUUUGGGUAUUCGUAAGGUACAAUACGCACCUGCCAAGACAGGCAGUCAGCCAUGCACCGUUGUUCGAAAAGACUUUUUACUCAGUCCAGGUGAAUUGGAAUUAGAGGUGACACUGGACAAGCAACUCUAUUUCCAUGGCGAACGUAUCGGAAUUAAUAUCGUUAUUCGAAACAAUUCGAAUAAAGUGGUGAAAAAAAUCAAGUCAAUGGUUCAACAAGGCGUUGAUGUGGUGUUAUUCCAAAAUGGUCAAUAUCGUAACACGGUCGCUUCGAUGGAAACCGGAGAAGGUUGCCCGAUUAACCCUGGUUCGACCCUUCAAAAAACCAUGUACCUUGUACCAUUGUUGAGCAACAAUGUCAAUCGUCAAGGUAUUGCUUUGGACGGCCAAUUGAAACGUGAAGACAGCAACUUGGCUUCGACUACUUUGCUCGCUAAUCCUGAAAACCGUGAUGCAUUCGGAAUUAUUGUCUCUUAUGCUGUCAAAGUAAAGUUAUUCUUGGGCGCACUUGGAGGCGAAGUUUCAGCUGAGUUGCCGUUUGUCUUGAUGCAUCCAAAGCCUGGUACCAAACCAAAGAUCAUUCAUGCCGAUAGCCAAGCUGAAGUUGUGAGCUUCCGUCAAGAUACCAUUGUUGAUCCACAUUACGUUGAUUAAUUUGCACAGAUACUGAGAUGAUAUUGAAUUGUUACAAUUCAAUUGUAGACACGAAACUAUAUAAUGCUUGAGAUUAUAACCAAAGUCGGAAUGAAAUUUAUAAGUCUGGAAAAAUGUAAGCUUUGGAUUAUAUUCUUCAAUAAAAAAAUAUUAUAUUCAUUUUAAUCUUUUGAACAAAAAA